AUGGACCGCAGGCACCGCUACUACGAGAUGAAACGGGUCUGCUACUAUCUGCUUCCGCGGAGAGGUGGCGCCACAGAUUGGUCAUCAGAGCUGAAUCCUGAUGUGCUCGACGACACACUGUGCACACACGUAUUGGUCGGUGCGCUGGCAGUGUCGGCUCAGGGACGCCUGGUGACGAAGCUUCCAAAGCACGAGGACCUCAUCAGCAAGAUUUCGCGAAGCAAGCUCAAGGUUCUGCUCUCCGUGGAUGCGAAAGAUACCACUGCUCUGUCGUACGUGGUCGCCUACAGAUGGACGAGACUUAGGUUCAUUCGGUCUGCUAUGCGCAUGGUGUGGCGGUACAAAUUGAGCGGCAUCAACCUGGAUUGGCAAAUCCCAGGAUGGCUGAGCAGCCAUGUCGGCGAUCGCUACCUCUUCAGGCUGCUGUUGCAGGACUUCCGGUCGUACAUGAAGGAGACAAAGAAGGCAUUUUUGCUGAGCGCCAGCAUUUGCGCUAUUCCUGCCGUCAUGCCAUCCACCUAUGAUGUGCGAGGGCUGUCUAGACAUGGGAACCACAUUUGCCCCAACCUCGCACAGACGCCCCCACCUGCAGGUGCUGCGCCUUGGAAUCAGCCAACAAAACAGCAAGCAACAGAAUCUGUGGGGCUUGCAAGCUUGCAGCAGCUGCUGCUGAGCCAGAACUACCACAACUAG